CCGUAAACUGUCGUUUGGACCUCCUGACUCUCCGUACUAAAGAUGCUGAAGCAGAAACCUCGGUGUGUGUCAGUGUUUUUUUUUUUUUUUUUUUGUUAUUCCUGUUUGCUCCAUCCACACACCGCAGACGCAGAGUCUUUUGCCAUAUGGAAACACAACGGGUAGAAACUGAACCGAUGCACGGAAUAACGUCUAAAUGUUGGGGUUUUUUUUGGUGCAAACCUGCACGCGCUGCGUUUUUCCCCUAACAUUUCGGCGACAGCGCUCGCGCUCCAGGCUGCAAAUAAUGAAUUAACCAACAGGAGGAAAUAAAAACAGCGGCUAGCUGCAGCCACAUUGCAUUGUGUUCCCUGGAUAUAAUACGCAUUUUCCUACAAACUGUUCCCGUGCACUAUUGAUGAAACCCUUAUCUGAGGUGGAAUGGACACUUUUACCACCACCAAUAAUAAUAAUAAUAGUAAAAAAAAAAAACCCUCAAGCUGCUCUGCUAGUCAGAGGCUGAAGUGUUUAAACAAAGAAAUGCAUUCUUAAAGAAGAAGGACAGCACAGGCUGGAUUUGCUCUUAAGGUAAUUUGUCUGUGUUGCUGCUCAGAGGUGAGGUGAGGUGAGGCGAGGCAGGAGGAGCUGCUGAGCGGAUGCCUGUAGCGGCGGGCGCCGCGUGCCCUCGACAAUGAGCCGGCUGAUGCUGGGCCGCACUCUGGAGCGGGUCUGCAAGGCUGUGCUGCUGCUCUGCCUCGUGCACUUCCUCAUCAUGAUGAUCCUUUACUUUGACGUCUACAGCCAGCGCUUUGACAUCUUCAGCCGCUUCAACAACGGCCGCGGCGCCAACGCUUCACGCUGGCCGCACCAUUCUUACUACAACUACUCCGGCACCAGGCCCAACGCCACCUUCGCUAGCUACGUACCUGCCUCAGAACAGCUGCCACCCAACGGCAAGCCUGAACUCAACCGCACACACGCAACCCCCAAGCCUAUUCCUCCUUGCCCAGAGGUGCCUCCUGGACUGGUGGGGCGUCUUCUGAUCGAGUUCAGCUCUCUGAUGAGCAUGGAGAGGGUGCAGAGAGAGAAUCCUAACGUAACGGAAGGGGGCAAGUACACACCGCCGGACUGUCGGCCAAAGCAAAAAGUAGCCAUCAUCAUUCCAUUUCGGCACAGAGAACACCACCUGAAAUACUGGCUCCAUUACCUGCACCCCAUCCUACGGCGGCAGAAGAUCGACUAUGGAAUCUACAUCGUCAACCAGCUUGGCGAGGACACCUUCAACCGGGCCAAACUGCUAAACGUCGGCUAUACAGAGGCUCUAAAGGACGGCGAGUACGACUGCUUCAUCUUCAGCGAUGUGGAUUUGAUCCCCAUGGAUGACCGUAACUUGUACCACUGCUACGACCAGCCGCGCCACUUCGCUAUCGCCAUGGACAAGUUUGGCUUUAGGUUACCGUAUGCAGGGUAUUUUGGAGGGGUCUCUGGCUUAAGCAAGAAGCAGUUCCUUAAAAUCAAUGGCUUCCCCAAUGAGUACUGGGGAUGGGGAGGAGAGGACGAUGACAUCUACAACAGGAUUACACUGAACGGGAUGAAGGUGUCUCGGCCGGAUGUGAAGAUCGGCCGCUACAGGAUGAUCAAGCACGAGAGGGACAAGCACAAUGAGCCCAAUCCCCAGAGGUUUAAUAAAAUCCAGAAUACCAAGAACACCAUGAGGAAGGACGGCAUCAGCUCGCUGACGUAUCGCCUGGUCUCCAUUAAAAAGUACCCGCUCUACACCAACAUCUCAGUGGAGAUUGGUAAACCCCCUCCAAGACCACUUAGAGGAUAGACCAUGGCUAGGUCCGAACACACACACACACACACACACACACACACACACACACACACGUCUAUAUAUACACACCGUCCAUGGCCGUGAGCCUCUGUGUGCAGCAGUGACAUGCUGAACAGGUUAGUUCUCAGGAAUACACUGGACUUCUUGUGGAUUUAUAAAUCCGCAUGCAGAUUUUGACUCCAGUACAGACUCUGAAUCGUGCGAUAAGUGACUUAACGUUAAGGACGCUCUAAUAGACCUUCUGGUCAAACGUGGAGGACACGAAUGAACAUUGUUUCUGGAUCCGAUCUGAAAGGAUAAUGCUGUUAGCUUGAUGUUGGGACGUUUUAGAAACAAAUGUCUUUUGUACCUGCAGCUGCUGCAGACUCCAACUCGCAUCUUUCUCAUUGUAUCGGCGAAGCUGGAGAUGACAAAGACACAUCAUCUGUGCUUUAUAGAAGCCUCUGGAUCGUCAUCUUUCUCACUUUCCAACCGUUUUUUCCAAACUUAUUUUGUAUUUCUACUCUUCCUGCUCUGUGACUUCAACCGCCGAAGCACCGAUUAUGCUGAAAGCUUAAAGGUUUCAGUGACAGGAUUUGGAGAAGGUGUGCACAGGUGCUUUGGCAACCUUUUCCUGAGUAGAGCCCUGCCUUUGGUGGUCCAGAAUGGAGUAGAAAAGGGAUUCUGGGAACUCUCACUUGGAGACCUUGGGAAUUCUGGCCCAGCUGUACAUGUUCACCGCUGUCAGUCACUUGAAAUCAACAUAGAAUAAGUGUUUUCUGUGUGUGUUUUAAGUUUUAUUGGUCGUUCACCUUCAGUUUUUUUUAAAUCUUCAUGCAUCUUAACAUUAAUUGCUGUGUGUGUCGGAGGUCACGCUCAUUCAAGACCACAGUGAACUCUGAUCAAACCCCGGAGCUGAAAUUUUCAUCUGUAAUUUAGCGAUUUCCCCUUUUCUUUUUUCGGCUUGUGGUUCUUACUGUUUUCCUUUAAUGCCUAUGCACACCAUACUGAUGCCUUCAGACAUUUUAUGAGGUGCUCGAGUCGUCUUUUAUUGUUUGGAUGGAUGUCUAAUCCAGCCCCCCCCCCAGUACAUUUGAUUCCUAUUUUUAGCUACUUUUUUAACCCCUGUUGCUUCCUGUGUGAGCCCUCAUCGUUUCUCUUUAUGUGCCAUGUUUUUCUUCUACAUUUGUGCCAAGUCAGUGCUAAAUAGUUUUUUUUUGUUUUGUUUUGUUUUUUCCUUUUGAAAAAAUGUAUUCUGUCGAAAUUCCUAAUUCAGCAAACUUCCUGGUCACCUUACUGACACGUAUAUUCAAACUGGUUAUUAUAUUUAAAUAUUAUAUAUAUUUAUAACAUUAUAUUACCACGGCAUCGCUGAAUUCUCCAUUCUGAUUGGUCUGGAAGGAGAAACGCUACAAGGCAAAUCCCAGGUUAGAAACAGGGAUACAGCCACAUAAAUGGGAGGAAAAAAACAUGUCUAAUUGUUUCUCAGCUGUAUUUUCUUUGAGGAGACAUUUACAGUAUGUAGCAUCGUUAGAAGGCCCUUUGCGACUGCCUAACAGCUGGUCCUUUACAUUUUAUAAAAUGAGAACAAUCUGAGGGCUUCAUGGUUUCUUAGUAACACAAGUUGUCUGUUUUUUGGCUUAUUAAUGCCGAAAGAUAGAGAGAGAAAGAGAGAAAAAAAGGCUGGUGAGGGAACAACUGCAACUGUAUAGAUUAUAGUUAGAGUUACAGUAACACAAGUCAUAACAGGGACUUAAUGACGUAUCUGCAAAUAGAUGUAUAAGUACGACGUGUUGUUUGUUAAUCAAUCCGAUUUGUUCACGUUGGCUGACUGCUGUGGUAUCAGAGCAACAAAAAAGAACAAAAGCAGGACACGUUGUUGAAGAUUUUAAGGACAAUACUGUAGGAAGGAAAACAGCAUAUCGCCUCAGCACCCAUUAUUUUCCUGUAACAGCACGUCUCGUCAUGUUUCGUUCCUUAUAAUAUUAUACAUAUAAUAAUGUAUUAUCUUUAUACAUAUAUAUACAGUAUACCAAAGCUUAUCAACCGUGUUGCUAGUGGACCGUGGUGCAAACGUAGCUGACAGACAACACACUCCAACAUAAUAAUUAAAUAAUACGUUCUAACGACAGAAACGGCCACAACGCCAUUCGUAUAAACGUAUUAUACUCGACGAUACGACCUUAAAUAGAACACAGACCGUCAAUCGGGAUGGAAGAAAAAGCGUCUCUUUUUUUUUCCUCCCUGAAAUUGAAAUUGAGAUUUUCAUUUCCCGUAGCCUGAGAUUUUAUUGAAGGGCUUUAUUUUUUUUUAUUUUAUUUUAAACCCCCCACCCCCGAGGCCGUCUUAUGAAUCGCAGCAUGCUGUAGCAGCCUCGUUAAUAUAUAUUUUUUUUUAAUCUCUGUGAAUUUGUACAUAUGCGACAGCGAGGAAGCUAACGAGAUGUCUGUGAGUUAGAAUAGUGCACAUGUGCUGCUGAAUUGAAUCUACAGUGUAGAUGUGAAGGUGCACUUUUUUUUUUUUGGCCGCCCGGAAGGAGAAACACUUUGUUUGGAGCAUAAUCUUACUGUGCUUUAUGAAAGAAUGUGUUCUUUAUGUGUUUUUUGUUGUUGUUCUUUCUUUCCGUAACCAUCUACCUGUGUAUCAUUGCUGCUAUGUCAUGACGCUAAGCAAGGCAAGUUGUCUCAUUACGUGCUUUGCACAACGCAAGAAAGAAAAGCUCGGUCAUUAUCGCUGAUUAUACAGUACAUUAUAUCUAACUACUUCAUAGGAUCAAAGCUUAAGCACAUUUCAGUACAGUACAGUAUCAUAUUUGUUGGGAGAUUUUAUACCGGUUAUUCUCCCUCUCUAAAGAAGUAGCUCACUGUGUGUAGCUCUCUCUCUCUCUCUCUUGGUGUUUAUGCUUCUAUCUUCUCUUCUCUCUUCUCCUCUCCUCUCUUCUCCUCAUCCAUCCCAUCCCUUCAUCCUCGUCUGCGGAAUAUAAAGCGUACAAGACAAGGGCAGGGGCUCUCGAAAAUAUUACACCUGUUUAAAAUAAAGACUGGUCUUCAAGCUCUGAGUGGCUUUUCAAAAACUUACUGGAUCUACAGUACUUAGGUUUUUUUUUUUUUGUACAUUGAAUGUCAACAUAUGGUUCUAUGUAGAAUGCAUUAUGUCAUAUCGAACAUACUUUUUUAUACAAAUAAAGAAGAGCUGUCACUUGGAACAAUGU